AUAUUAAAAAAUGACUACUCUAGCUUCCAUAAGAGUUUUCACCCUCUCUUUUCUCCCUUAUAAAAAUAUCUCAUCAUUUGCUCUGACAUCAAGUACUCCAAGUCUCCAAGACCAAAAUUAAGCCUCAUAAUAACUUAUUUUUCAAAUACGCGUUCUUAAGACCAAAGAGUCGAACGUUAGAAAGAGAGAAAAACCCUUAUGUAGUUGGAUCUUCCAAAAUUACACGAAUCCUCAAUAUGCCUUCAACCGCUCCUCUCCUUUUUUCCCAAUAAAACUCUCUCAUCAUUGAGCCCGACAAAACAACUCAAUCUUAAAAUCAGCGUUCUUAAGACCUUAAUAUGCCUCCGGUCUCUCUUCCUCGUCCACAACCGUCACGUACCCCCAUUAGCCUAUUUAGGUGCAUAGCCAUUUCACUCUUAACCCUACUUAUCAUAGUGGGAAUAGUCGUGCUCAUCGUAUGGCUAGUACUAAGACCACGAAAAAUGGUCUAUUCCAUUGAAAAUUCUUCAAUCCAUGACUACAAUUUAACCAACAUCAACCAUUUAAAUGCCAAAUUCAAUUUUACAAUAAGAGCCAAGAAUCCAAACAAGAGAGUCUCAAUAAAUUAUGACAAUAUUGAAGUGAAACUCUUCUUUAACUCACAACCACUUGCGUUCAACUAUGUAGAGCCAUUUUAUCAGCCUCGCCGGAAUGUGACACAUUUUGAUGUGUCACUUCCGGCGAAUGACGUGGCACUUUACGGGGAUAUUGCACGUGAUUUUAAGACAGAAAGGACAGGUGGAUCAGUGGAAGUGCAAGUGAAAAUUAGGGCAAAAAUAAGGUUUAAGGUUGGUGCAUGGAAAUCACGUCAUAGGAAGUUGAGGAUUUUGUGCACUCCUAAGGUGAAUUUUUCUAAUUCAAAAAGGAAUUUUAAGUCAUUUCCUUGUGAUGUAGAUGUAUAAUUAAGCUGUUUUUUUUUUUUUUUUUUUCCAUUUUUUAUUUGGUUUGUAUUUUGGAUCUUUGUUCUUCCAUUGCGCGCUGAUGAUGAACUGUUGUAAUAUUUUUUAUUUUUUUGGUUUUUUCGCUGAAUUUUUCCAUUUACAGUGUGAUGAAUAAAAUUGUUUGGAUGUGGAAUAUUAUAUUUUAUGUUUUGACUGAAAGAUGAAGUGUCUCCGUGAAAUGAGAAUGUGUAUUUUGAACAA